AUGGCGUUGACCAGGAUAUCACAAGGGUCAUUUGCCCAGCCUCAGGAUGCUGCCACCACAGAGACCGACGUCUCUGCCAAAAAUGACGAAUGUGAUCCACACCUCGUCGUCCUAGAGCCAGAGGAUAACCCGCAGAACAUGUCCUCGUUCAGACGCUGGCUCGCGGUCCUUAUCAUCAGCUCUGCCUCUCUGUGCGUGACUUGCGCUUCUUCGAUUGCUGCGUUCACAGAACUGGGUGCCGCCCAAACGUUCCAUGUUCCACAUGAAGUAACCAUCCUCGGAAUUAGUAUGUUUGUGACAGGUCUCGGAACUGGACCGCUCCUCGUUGGCCCGUUGUCCGAAGUGUAUGGCCGAAAUGCUGUAUACGAAAUAUCUUAUGCGUUAUUCUUCGUCUUCACAUUCCCCGUGGUGUUUGCUCCCAACAUUGCUGUUUUCUUGAUCUUCCGCCUGAUCACUGGAUUCUGCGGAUCAGCAUUUUUGAGUGUAGCCGGAGGAAGUGUGAGCGAUAUGUUUCCGAAUUCGAGUAUUGCAAAUCCAAUGGCUGUGUAUACCAUAUCUCCAUUCAUCGGACCAGUGGCUGGUCCCUUGAUUGCUGGAUUCAUCAAUCAGCACCUAUACUGGGAAUGGACAUAUCGCGUGCAGUUGUGCUGGAUUUUUGUAGAGUUGCUGAUGUUGGUUUUAUUUGUUCCUGAGACGUACGUCCCGGUGAUCCUGAAGAAGAAGGCAAGAAGACUGCGGAAGUCAACCGGAGACCCAAAGUUUUAUGCUCCUUUGGAUAGACGGGAAGGCACCCUUGCCUCUGCUAUCCUCGUCAGUUGCUACAGACCGUUUCAACUACUUCUAUUCGACAGAAUGGCACUACUUUUAGACUCCUGGAAUGCCCUUGUUCUUGGAAUCCUAUACUUGGCAUUCCAGGCAUUCCCCAUUAUUUUUGAGGAUGUCCAUGGAUUUAAUAUGCAAACGACUGGACUAACACUAUUUGCCCGCGAAGCUGCCAAAUAUAAUGGUGAUCCACCUCCUGAGACGAGGCUUAUUAUGGGUCAAGUAGGAGGUAUACUAGUGCCAGUGGGUUUGUUCUGCCUCGCAUUCACAACAUAUCCGCAAGUUCACUGGAUUGCCCCAAUAAUCGCGUCUGUACCUUUUGGCUCCGGGAUAUAUUUUGUUUUUACAUCAACGUUCACAUACCUUGUCACUGCAUACCGCCCAAUCGCUGCGUCUGCUAUGGCGAGUAAUAGCGCAUUGCGGUCAGCAUUUGCCGCUGCGUUUCCGCUGUUCGCGGGAGCCAUGUAUAAUAGACUGGGUACUGUUGGCGCCACCGCUCUUCUGGCCGGCCUCGCAACAAUCAUGGCGCCAUUACCUUCCGUAUUUUACCGAAUUGGCGCACGACUGCGCAAGAAUUCACCUUUUGCAGCACAUUGAUAUUUUUACUCCUACGAUCUAUAGAUAUUAUCCUUGAUGAAACGACAAAGCUUCAACGCGUCGAAUCAACCUAACCUCUGAAUUGAUACGUCGGCGGCAGUGGCGCUUCCUCUGAAACAAACGCCAGACGAUCACCUAUCUCAGCCAAUACUUAUUUAUUUUGCCUGGUUGAUCGCUCCGGGUACGUGGCUUUUACAUGCUGAGUUCCCGAUGAGUAUCCGCGACA